GAUAAAAAGAGCAACACCGGAGGAAUCCUGAUGCGUCAUCUUUGGCAAUAUACCUUGGUCGUCUGUUUGACAGGUCAUAAAACCGCAACGACUGUCCGUUUAAACAUUAACCAACUGGGACGAGAGUCAAGUUGACUGCUGACUGCUGAUCUUAGCUAAACCAAAAAAAUCCCUCCACCGUUUUACACUCUUGGGGACGUCCAGGUUUGAGCAUGAGCACCUUCGGAGAGAUCCUGAAGGAGAUCGGGGAGUUUGGUUUGUUUCAGAAACGCCUGGUGGCUGCGUUAUGCAUCCCCAGCAUAUUUGUGGCGUUCGACGUGAUUGGUCAGGUGUUCACGGGCAUGAACUUCCCUCAUCACUGCAACACUGACUGGAUCUUGGUGGCUGGACCCAACCUGACAUAUGAGAGGCAAAGAAAUCUCACCAUCCCCGUGGAUAAGGAUGGAAGGUUUGAAAGCUGCAAAAUGUUCACCCCUGUGCACUGGGACUUGGAGACCAUUGAAAAGUACGGGAUUAAUACUACGACGGGAUGUCAAAGUGGAUCAGAUUUUGAAGCACCCAAGGGUUCUGCCAGCAUUGUGACACAGUUUGACUUGGUGUGUGACCGGAGCAGUUUGAUCGAGGCAUCACAGUCCAUCUACAUGGCCGGUCUUCUGGUCGGAGCGUUGGUUCUGGGGCAGAUGGCUGACAGGUUCGGCCGACGCUUCGUGGUCCUGCUCUCCCACCUCCUCCUCCUGCUGUUUGGUGUGGGUGCAGCUUUCUCGCCCAACAUCUACGUUUAUGUGGUUCUCAGAUUUUUAAGUGGCAUCUCGGUUUCGGGCAUCGUUGCCAAUGCGUUUGUGAUAGGUGGAGAAUGGAGCGAUUCUUCCAAGUUUGCACUCUGCACCAUUAUCAGCCACUCCUUCUUCCCUCUUGGACUGAUGAUGCUGUCUGGCAUUGCCUACCUGAUCCGUAACUGGAGAAUCCUGCAGCUGGUGCUCUUCAGCCCUCUUGUCCUCGUCCUGGGAAUCUUCUACUGGAUUCUUCCAGAGUCCGCGCGCUGGCUCAUCACCCAGGGCAGGAAAGAGGAGGCCAUAAAGGAGAUCCUGAGGGCGGCCAAAGUGAACAAGAGGAAGGUCCCAGAAGAGCUGCUGGACAAGCUGGAGGCCGAGCGUACGACUAAAAGGGGGAGCAUGCUUGACCUCUUCAGGAUACAGUAUUUGAGAAAACGUGCCCUCAUAAUGAGCUACGUCUGGUUUGCAACGAGUCUGAUGUACUACGGACUGAGCCUGAAUGUUGGCAACUUUGGGCUGGAUAUCUACCUAACGCAGUUCAUCUUUGGCAUAGUGGAGCUGCCUGCACGACUGGGCUGUUUGCCUCUCUUAGAACGCUUCGGAAGGAGAAUUAUUCAAGCAGCGGUGCUGUUCCUUGGAGGCGUAGCUUGCCUUGGAAUCCUUGCUAUACCGACGGAUCUGCCCAUACUGGUGACGGUCAUAGCUGUACUUGGGAAAUUUGCCGCCACCGCCAGUUUUUCCACAGUCUAUGUUUACACUGCAGAAUUAUAUCCCACCAUUUUAAGGCAGAACGGUGUAGGCCUGAACUCCAUGUGUGCACGUGUGGCGGGCAUCCUCGCUCCGCUCAUCAGGCUCCUGGACGUCUACCAUUACACCAUCCCCAUGGUGAUAUAUGGCACUGUCCCCAUAUUUGCUGGGGGUCUCUGUUUGCUUCUGCCCGAAACCCGCAACGUUGAACUUCAGGACCUUGCUGAAAUUACGCCCAAGGACGGGACGGCUGAGGAUGGGUCCGAAACUCGACAGCUGGAUGACUGUUUGGAGAAGGGCACAAAAAUGUAAAUGAUAUGGUCACUUUUCAGUUUUUAAUGCUGUGUGUCUUCUAAUACAGCUGUAACAUCUGUGUGUUCGAAUGUAGCAAAGCUAAAGUGCAAAUUAAAAGACGUUUAAGAUGUGUUUGAGAAAUUUCAGUAUUGUUUGAUAGCUGGGGUUUGUGUAUAUAAAUUAAAAGUCUUAUAUGUACUGUAUAUUUGCUUAUCAUUCGUUUGCUCAGGUCAUUUAAUUCUCAGACAACAGUAUGUGUGCUGUUCUUUUCCCAUGGAUCAACUAUGAUCCAUACUGUAUGUAAUACCGCAUGUAUAUUAUUAUAUUGUAUUAUAUCAUUAUUAUUAUUAUUGUUAUAUUUGUUUAUUUGAUUGGGAUCUUUUUACUUAUGAUUCAGUUUAAUGUGAAAACUACAACAGUAAUGUUUUCUAAUUAAUAAACUAGCCAAAACUACCCUCUUCCCCA